CACAUCGGGGUGAGCUGUCAUUGAUAACAACAACAGCUGAUAAUAUCAUUUAUCAGUACGCUGAACUCAGUUUAUUUUGAAUUUCUGUGAACGUGUCUGAUUUAUUUUCCGUAAGAUUAUGGGUGUUCGUCAUCUGGACAGAUUUAUGCGGGAGAAUGUUCCCGGUGGAUGCCUUCGGAUCAACAUUGAAAGCGAAAUCCGAAAGUACUUCCAAACGGCGAAGACACCGAACCCUCCAGCGCCGAUUAUCGUCAUAGAUUUGAUUUCGUUGUACACACCUCUGAGUCAACACGAUGAGAAGGGAGUUCUUUUCGGAGGGCGAUUCAAUUUGGCGUACGUUGCGAUUGACGAUUUUUUCGCCAAACUCAAGAGUCUGGGCGCUAAGUUGGAAUUUUUCCAUGAUGGUCCAGUGCAAGAGUCCAAAAGUGAAACCUGGUGCGAACGUCAGGACGGAAGAUAUUCGAACAGUUUGAAGUUGAUCGAAGCCGUUGACGCGGGAACCACCGUUGAGGAACUGUUGAGUCAGUACGAGAUACCUUCAAACUUUCUAUACCCUUUGAAACACGUUGCCAAGAAGUAUGGAGGUUUCAGGCUAUCCAUGUCGCGUGAGUGUGACCAAGAGUUGGCAGCUUUUGCGACCAAAGCUAGGGCCCUUGCUGUUCUCUCAAAUGAUUCGGAUUUCCUCAUCUACGAAGGUUCUUGGAAGUAUUGGUCAACUCGUGAGCUAGAGCUAUCCACGCUGUUCACCAUGGAGUUUAAUCGACCGGCUCUAGUCGAACAUUUGGGCUUGAGCUUUAAACAAAUGCCGUUAUUCGCCACUCUAAGCGGUAACGAUAUCAUGCCAUACGAAGUCGUGAGGAAGUUCCAUAUAACACUGGGUCUCUCCAGAGAUAAAUUUCCCAACAUCGGGAGAUACAUACUAGAUCUUCCACAAAAGCCACUGACCGAAAUGGGUAUAAACAGCAUUCUCCGGCGAGUUCUGAACCAAGGCACCGUUGACAAGGAUUUAACCGAGCGUUUCCAGCUGAGUUUGGAUGUUUACAGUGUGAACAUUCGUCCGCAGGUCAUGAACCCCACUGAAGAUCGAGUGUUGCAAGUUCUCCUCGUACACGACUCUCCGUUUAUGUAUCAGAUUUGGGAAGGUGUGCCAUUGGACGUAUCCAUCGGGAUAGUGGAUAUGGGCCGAAAAGACUUCGGACAGAACUACGCUCGGCUUCAGCUUUUCCUCAUACGGCGCAUGGCUGCCAUUAUUUUGUUUCAUCGCAAACCGCAACGACCAACCCACUGUCCGAUCAUCAUCAAGAUGGAUCACGAGAGUCCUCACCAGGAGCAUAGGGUACCUAUACAAUAUCCUCGUUGUCUGGAAAUACCGAGUUUGGCAGUGAUGCAGUCUAAGGAGCCGGUUAUGGUCAAACACCUACGGAAAGUUAAGUUCCAGCUGCUAUCGUGGAUUGCGUCCGACACUGUUCAACACGAUCAAUUGCGCAAGAUUCCACAGGAACUACGCAUGACCGCCCUCACUGCGUACUACCUUUUGGAGCAACGGGCCAUUGAGCUCUUCGAAGCAGAUUUGUUCUUGCAAGUGGCCUACGAUGUGAUCUAUGAUACUUACGACUACCGGUCCGUUGUUUAUCCAGCCACGAUCGGUAGUCGUCCAUUUCGGUUGAUUUUCCUGUACCAGAAGAUCUAUGCUCUCAUUGCGAAGGCUGUUUGCUUGGUCAGCUUAGACGGUGGCGACAGCGUGCGCAACGAUCCUCCCUUUGAUGGCGUUCUAUUCCACAGGUACUACGAUAAAUUCAACGAUGGACAAUGCGAUUUAGGUCACAUCAAGGACUGGAGAAUCUAUGAAGAUCUGGCCAUCGAUUCCAAUUACUCCGAGAGAGAGAAAUAACUUUAAUCUGUGCUGAAUUCCAAGUAUCAUUUAAGCAAAUAUCAUUAAUCUCAAUAUACCCCACUUCUACAGCUUCCAUACAACACAACAAGGAAACAAAUGUAACGCCGUCUCUUGACUGAAAAGCGCGUGAGCGAUUACUCUUAGCUAUUUUCAAUUUAGCGUGCAUUGGAGAACGAAACGUCAAACAUCCAAAAUCAAAACAAACAGUUCUUUUAUAGCGCCGUCGGUGAUGUAGUGGUAAGCGUGACUACCUCUCACCCCAGUCGGUCGGGUCGGUCGACGUCGUCGGAUUUUCUGAGAUAUAAAAUCUUUGAUCAUCUUUCUUCGGAAGGGAAGUAAAGCAGUUGGCCCCGGCCCAUGAGUUGAAGGGUUCGAUACAUGGGGUCCCAGGUGUUGGUGUGGAGGUCUCUCUGGGCGUCCAUGUUUGGGCCUAGUGACAGAAAUGGGCGAAAGUAAAACUGCGACCGAGGCCGAAAGAUGUCAGCUAGCAAGUAAAAAAUAAGAAGAAGAAUAAGCAUGACACAGAGUUUGUAGUGUGUUAGUAUACUUUUCUGCCAGCGUGGCGCUAGUGUGAUGUCUUCGACGAAACGGAGAAGCGGAGUACAUUGAGAUUAACAGUAUUUGAUUUAAGUUUAUGAAUUCUAUUAUAAAAUGUUAGAAAACGAAUGCAAUAUAGAUAGAAUGAUUAGUAAAA